CUCCCCCACCUAUAUAUUUUUUCCCCGCCCGCCCCCUUCGGUCGGUCCGUCUGUCUGACUCAUGUGUUCGUGUGUUUGUCCGUCUGUCUUCCCGUCUUCUCUCGCAACACAACAAACGAAGCGAGUCAGCUGGACGAUAUUUAAGCUGCGAUAAUUUAGUUAUCUACCUUUCAGCUUUAUCUCUCACUGUCAUCCCAUUCCCAUGUAGUUAAUGCGACCGAGGUGUGACAAUGACGGAUAAUCAGGAUUUGAUGAAAACAAAUAAUUUUCAAAGAAAAAUGUCUCCUGAGGAAGUUGAUGCUGCUGGUUUAGAUGCUGACUCAAUUAGUUUUGUAGAGCACCGCAAAAGACUACUGGCAAAUAGCUGGUACCACAUUCCAAAGCCUUUGUUACUUAACAUUUUUCAGUACCUUUCUGCUCCAGAACUGACCAGUGCAGGACUCACCUGUAGUACCUGGCACCAAACAAGCACUGAUGAUUUGCUGUGGAGAGCACUAAUAAGAAAAGAUUUUGGUGUUAAGCCUUCUACGGGAAUACAAGGGCAAACAUUUUGGUACUCUGAAUACAAACGUCUGUCCUAUCAUGUACCACAUUACCAAACAAGUGAAUUGAAAAAACACACUGAUCAAGUUCUGCAUGUCAGCUUUGCUCACAAUGGCACAAUGUUUGCAACCUGUUCCAAAGAUGGUUAUGUUGUGGUUUGGAAUGCUCAGCAUCCAGUUGCCAUCAAAUAUCAACGAGACAUGACAAAAUUUUGUUGGAAGUUCACGCACUUUUCACAAUUUAAUCAAUCAGACACUCUUCUCCUAGUUUCUGGUGUGCAUUUUGGUUUACCACAAAGUACCUCUGGUGAAAUUGCUGUUUUCAGUUUAGGUGAUGAUUUGGAGCUUCAGUGUCGUGUGCUGAUGAAACCUUAUGAUAUAUGUGGUGCAUGGUACAGUGACCAGCAUUUCUUGUCAGGAGAUGUGCACAGACUGGGUCAUCUUGAAAGUCAGUCUGUUCUAUGGCUAAACAAGGCAUCUCAAGAAACGGCUUCUGAACAUAUUCCUAUAAUGAACCAAAUGUUCAGGUUCUACAAUUGCAAUGGCAGCUCUGUUCGAGCUGCUAUGUUUGCUUACUGCUCUGUAUUGGAUCAUGGAGACUCUCAAACAUUGUGUGAUAGUUCUCAAACAUCUUCAAGGGAGAGAAGUCCAAAUCAUUCAGAAGAUGACAAAUCAAACUAUGAGUCCAGAGAAUUUUCAGAUUCACUUUAUGAUAUACAGGGCACUAGUAAAAGAAUUUGUGGCUCAGAGUGUGGGCCUGGGACUGAAGACUUUGAACCCUGUGCCAAUGAAAUACAAGUAACUGAGAGGUGUUCUGACGAUGAAUCAGAUAUAUCAGAAUUAUCUGAGACAUCAGUUGAGACUGAAUUUAGUGAAGAAGAUGAAUUGUGUGUUCAAGAGGAUAAAUUUCUAAUAUUUACAACUGGGUCAAAUACAUACUCACCACAUCAAAUUGGUAUUAAGCGUAUCAAACCCAUCUCAUUUCCACGAAGAAUGGAUCCUGGAUUACCAUUUCGUGAGAGAAUUGCUAAUCUCAAUCGAGAAUACCAACCUCCAAAUGAAAAUCCAAAUGAAGCUCAAAAUGCAAAUGCAGAGGGAACUGAUUAUGACGAAGUUGACCAUCUCAUAGAUUUACAUGGUCACAUCAUUGGGAUGGGUCUGUCUCCUGAUCACAGAUAUCUAUAUGUUAAUGCCCGUCCCUGGCCACCUGGAUAUGUGGUUGAAAAUCCAAUGAUGCCUCCUCCAUGUGCUCAAGAAAUUGAUAUACAUGUAAUUGAUCUAGGUGAAAUGAAGGAAGUGGGCAAAGUGUUACGGUCCCACAUCGCAUAUACACCAUUUAAUGAAUGUUUUUUUAUUGCCCUUGAUGUGUGCAACGAAUUUGUGGCAAGUGGUGCUGAAGAUAAACAUGGCUAUUUAUGGGAUCGGAAGUAUGAGAUAUGUUUGAAUAAGUAUCCCCAUCAAGAUGUUGUGAACUGUGUUGCUUUUAAUCCUCGUGAUUCUGAAAUGUUGGUUACGGUAUCUGAUGAUUGCACAGUAAAAGUUUGGCACUCGAAGAACCGCUCAAAAGAACUUGGAUUCGAUACCAAAUCACUAUCAACAGCCCAUGAGGUGCGGUCGAACUGCUGUGGCCAUAGGUCUACAAUGAGCAGUGUUCGGAGACCAGCUAAUGCUGAAAUGAAGAGAUUAAUAUCAAGAUUUCCUGUUCAGUUUGGGUGGUGAAACUUUCAAGGGAAUACAAGAUAAUGGCAAUUGCAAUUUGUUGUACUGCACAACUCACCAUUCUCUCAAAAUAAGAUGUGUACCACCACAUCAUCUUAUAGUUUCCAUAUUACCUGUCUUGUUUAAAACAAAAUAAAUUUGUAAACAUAAAAAAAAACUUCAACUUAAAAACACAUUUAUACUGCAUAUUGUUUUGUAGAAAUAAGUAUUAGUUGUACUAUCCGUCCUCAGGCUCCCCCUAGGAUUGUAAAAAUCUAUGUCUCUUCCAACCUUUGAAUAAAAGCACUUUUCAUGUAAAUUGCCUUUUAAGAUUUCACUGGAGAGGGUUGUGUUGCUGUAGAUUGUGUAGUGUUUUACACAAAGUUUGAUAUAUUUCUUUUUAACUAUUGGUGCUUUGCUUCUUCAAAUUUUGAAUGUUUUUGUGUGUCUUCUAGUCAGGCGCUUGUUUGUCCUGUUAAAGUAGGUAUGCUUUUAAUAUAUUUAUGAGAGUGUCUUGGUUUGAAUACAAAAUGUGUGUAUCAUUUGUUAUGAAACAUAUCUAAUUGAUUAAUCCUUUAGCUAUUUUGUCUAAUUCGUGAGAUAAGAGCUGAGAGGUUGUUACUUUUCAGUGCUUGUGCCAAAAUGACCUUGCUUCAAAACUAUACUGAUGAACUCCCAAACAUUCAUCUCAGUUUUUCUGUUUUUUUUUUUUUGUUUUUUGUUUUUUUCCUAGAUUUUUGAAGUUUUCAAAAGCGUUUUGUAAGCAGUGUGCUGGAAUAUGACCUAUAAGUUGUUGUUUUUGUUUUAAGUUGAUUUUUAUUUAUUUGGAAAAUUAUUGUUCCCUUCUCUUUGGAAACCUCUUACGAUUCAUUACAGGCUGUUUGCUGUUUGUAAUUCACCUUUUCUACUGCCCUAGUGUAAAUGUGGAAAAAAUGUUAAGCUUUUUGUAGUUUCUAAGUACUUUGGCUUUAAUUUAAAGGUUAUUCGGAUUAUAUCAGUUUACUAAAAAGCAGGACAUGUAGUAAUUGUACAUUUUACACAUUUUGUUUGAAAAUUGUUAGGAUAUCUCACAAACUUUUUACUAAAAACACAUCUGUGAUAGUUAAAAUUUAAAAUCAAUCCUGUUAUGUAUCAGAAACAUGAUUAACUAUUAAUAAAAAAGAAUAAUCUA